AGUGUCAUACCCGUUCUCAGCGUGCGCACUUCAUACCAAGGGAUUCUGUCAAAUUGAGGAAGAAUGUCCGCUUUUAUCAGUUUUUCUGUUGUCUUGUUUAAUAUCAUCGAUGUCAUCACAGUGUUGUCAGAAAAUGUGCCAGUCCCGGAGAAUGUGAGAGUAAUCUCUAUAAACCUGGGAUUAGUUUUGGAGUGGGAUCCACCACAAACAACUAAUAAUCAUCCAUUUAAGUAUACUGCUGAACUGAAAGGGUGGAGGGGUUAUGAUCCAGUUUGUCAAAACAGCUCAUCGCUAACCUGUGACUUUACUGACAAUGUUACCAUUUUUGGUUCUUACCAACUUCGUGUUCGGACAGAACUAGAUGGAGAAACAUCUGAUUGGGUGGAGACUAAACAAGUUGCAGUGGACAAAAUAACUGAGAUUAGUGCUCCUCAUGUAGAACUGAGAAGUAACAAUGGACAAACAGAAGUUGAUAUCACUGAUCCACCGAUGAAAAGAAAAAACCUGAGAGACGUCUUUGGGAAUAUUUCUUACCUCAUACGUUUUUGGAAAAAAGGAGAAUCAAAUAAGGUCAAACUAAAAAGAGAACAGAGCAGAGUCAUGUUACCAAAAGUGAAGCCUCUGGAAAACUACUGUGUCGAAGUAGAGGUUUUGUAUUUGAAGAAUAAAACAAGCCAGCCCAGCAACAUGACCUGUUUAAAAAAUUCGCCCAGCAAUGAGACAGAACCCUGGCUUAUAGCUGUGAUGCUUUUGAUCAGUUUUCUAGUGGUGUUAGUUGCGGUUCUCCUGAUCUUUAUGGCUGUGUGGUACAGUUACAAAGGAUACAGAAUUGUAUUCCCUAAUGAUAAUCUGCCAGAGCAUCUAAAACAGUAUUUGGCACAACGGUCCCAGUCACCUGCACCUUUACCCAUACAUGAGGGAACUCACCUGAAGGAGCCCAUUCAUGAGUUAAUGAUAUAUGAAAAGAAACUUAACAGCUCUCAGGACAAUCAGCAAAUAAUAUAACAAUUAUCGUUUCAGACAAAUAGGAGGAUUGUAUUUGAGGUAAUGUAAAUAAAUGUAAUGAUAAAUGUAAUAAAGAGAAACUUUUUUUUUUUUUUUACACAACAGAAGUUUUGCUUACCAUAAUCAUAUUACAGUUUUUAAAAUUGCUAGCAUACAUUUGCCCAAUCUGUAGCCACAUUUUCAAAACACUAAGUGAAGUUUAAUAAACUAAUUUCAAGAGGAGCACGUGAUAUGCACCGCUGGCCACUCAUCCGUAAUCAGUAAAAAUCCAAUCAGAAUGAUCCUAGCUUAAUAUAAAAGGAUCACUUUCUCCUUAUUGCUCUAUAUUCGUUUUGGAAGAAUCCCCCCUUCCACCACAUCUCCUCCUUUUUUCUCCUCUUUUAAAGGGGGAGUGAUCAAGACCUACCUGAUCUCGGUUCUCCUGAUAUGCUUCUAGACCGGGCGGGAGCCCUGGGCUCAAAUAUCUCCGAGCUCAGGGUUCUCUCCCGGGACAGCAUGCCAAACCUGCUAUAAGUGCCAAGCAUAUCUAAGUGGAAACGCUUGAAACACAAUUAGCACAACAUUAGUAUAUUGUGACCAUACCAUUACAGUUUUUCUCACUUGAUUAAACACAUGUCUUGAAACUAUGCCUCAUAUUCUCAAAAUAGUAAACACAAAGCCAUAAUGUAUAACCAAAUUUCCCAAACAUCCUAUUUAAGGUCAAAAUUAAGCUCUUUCCAAA